CUCGCCGCCCCAGCCGAGGCGCCGGGCGCUGCGGGAGCCGCAGGAUCGCGGCGGGGAGGGCGACGGCUGUGCGGCUCCGUGGCUGGGCUGAGGGGACUGGAGGGUAGGGAAGGAGAGAGGACGGCUGUAACUUGGCGGAACAAAGUUGGGGAGUCUCGCACGGAGGGCAGCGAGAGCCUGGGGGCAGCCCCUCGGCGGGCGCCCUCCGCUCCCCAGGAGCUGCGAGCCGCUGCCGGGGCCACCCGGGGCGUUCGUGCCUCUUGCACCCGGAGCCGCUAACCCCGGCCGGAGGGAUUGCGGUUAUCAACUGCGCUCCUCAGGCUUUGCUUCUGCUGAUACCAGCCUGAAACACACCGACGAGAGUACGCGAGCAGCUUCCCCGCUCCGAGGUUAAACCUUGCCCAUAGAAGACUAAUUGUGCAGCUCAUCUGAGAAGGAACCAAAAUUACUGAAUUUUGACAACAAGAUGCUGCUGCUGUGGAAGCUGCUGUUCCUGGUAUUACUUGUUGGCUGUCUUGGAGAUCCUGAGAGCUCCCGGACGAAGAUGAGGAGCGCGGUGUCGGUGCGAGAGGGACAGGGAGUUGUGCUGCUCUGCGGCACGCCGCCUCGCGCAGGAGAAUUGUCAUUUGCUUGGAUCUUCAAUGAGUACCCGUCAUUUGUACAAGAGGACAGCCGGCGAUUUGUGUCUCAGGAGACCGGUCACCUCUACAUAGCCAAAGUGGAGCCGUCAGACGUAGGAAAUUACACCUGUGUCGUAACCAGCACGGUGACAAACAGCCACGUUCUUGGGUCACCUACUCCUCUAGUGCUGCGCACCGAUGGUGUAAUGGGAGAAUAUGAACCCAAAAUAGAAGUUCAGUUUCCUGAGACACUUCCUGCAGCUAAAGGCUCGACUGUGAAGCUAGAGUGCUUUGCACUAGGAAACCCUGUGCCUCAGAUUAACUGGAGAAGAACCGAUGGUCUGCCGUUUCCGAGUAAAAUAAAGCUAAGGAAAUCCAAUGGCAUGAUUGAAAUACCUAAUUUCCAGCAGGAGGAUGCAGGACUGUAUGAAUGUAUUACUGAGAACUCAAGAGGAAAAAACAUUGCAAGAGGACGUCUCACUUACUAUGCAAAACCUCACUGGAUCCAGACAAUAAAAAAUACUGAAAUUGCCGUAGAGGACACGUUGUACUGGGAUUGCAGGGCCAGUGGGAAGCCCAAACCAUCGUAUAGGUGGCUGAAGAAUGGCGAACAGCUGUCAACAGAGGGAAGGAUCCAAAUUGAAAAUGGUGCACUUACAAUAUCAAAUCUAAAUCUGACAGAUUCUGGCAGAUACCAAUGCAUAGCUGAAAAUAAGCAUGGUGUCAUCUCUUCGAGUGCAGAGCUCAGGGUUGUAGCUUCUGCUCCAGAUUUUUCCAAGAAUCCAAUGAAGAAAAUGAUUCAGGUUCAAAUAGGCAGCACAGUUGAUUUUGAAUGCAGACCAAAAGCUUCCCCUAAGGCCAAAUGUUCCUGGAAGAAGGGAGGUGAGCAGCUACACGAAAAUGAAAGAAUCGUGUUCUUAAAGGACGGAGGACUGAGAAUAGCCAACGUGACGAAAGUUGACGCUGGUAGCUACACCUGCGUGGCAGCAAACCAGUUCGGAACAGCCAGUGGAACGACAAACUUGAUAGUUACAGAGCCAACGAGGAUUACUUUGGCACCUUCAAACAUGGAUGUCACUGUUGGAGAAAGUGUUGUCUUGCCUUGCCAGGUUCAGCACGAUCCUAUCCUGGACAUCAGCUUCACGUGGUAUUUCAACGGGACACUCACCGACUUCAAAAAAGAUGCCUCCCAUUUUGAGAAGGUUGGGGGGAGUGCAUCAGGAGAUUUAAUGAUAAGAAACAUCCAGCUGAAACAUAGCGGAAAGUAUGUUUGUAUGGUGAAGACAGAAGUGGAUAGUGUAGCAUCUGCAGCAGACCUUAUAGUACGAGGCUCACCUGGGCCCCCUGAACAUGUAAAAGUGGAUGAAAUAACUGAUACCACAGCUCAGAUCUCCUGGCAAGAAGGCACAGAUAAUCACAGCCCGGUAACCACUUACACCGUACAAGCAAGAACACCUUUUUCAGUUGGCUGGCAGCGAGUUACAACAGUUCCAGAUGUGAUUGAUGGAAAAACAUUCACAACCACAGUGGUGGAUUUAAAUCCUUGGGUUGAAUAUGAAUUUCGUGUAGUUGCCAGUAACAAAAUAGGAGGUGGAGAGCCUAGUUUACCCUCAGAAAAAGUAAGAACCGAAGAGGCAGUUCCUGAAAUUCCCCCAUCUGAAGUCAGUGGGGGAGGCGGCAGCAGGUCUGAACUGGUCAUAACAUGGGAUCCCAUCCCUGAGGAACUACAAAAUGGAGAAGGAUUUGGAUAUGUCGUCGCUUUCCGCCCCUUUGGCACCACGACAUGGAUACAGACUGUAGUCACCUCUCCUGACACACCCAGAUACGUCUUUCGGAACGAAAGCAUCUUGCCCUUUUCACCAUAUGAAGUCAAAGUUGGGGUCUAUAAUAACAAAGGAGAAGGGCCGUUCAGUUCAGUAACCACAGUUUUUUCAGCUGAAGAAGAGCCUACCGUAGCCCCUUCUGGCGUAUCAGCGACUAGCCUGUCCGCCUCAGCCAUCGAAGUCUCCUGGACAGCCAUUCCCUGGAAGAUGAGUAGUGGAAGGCUACUGGGUUAUGAGGUUAGAUACUGGAAUAAUGGUGGAAAAGAAGAAUCUUCAAACAGAGUGAAAGCUGCAGGGAAUGAGACAUCAAUAAGAAUAACAGGUUUGAAGAGCAACUUGGCAUACUACACAGCUGUCCGUGCUUACAACAGUGCUGGAGCGGGUCCCUUUAGUGCCACAGUAAAUGCUACCACAAAAAAGACACCACCCAGUCAACCACCAGGAAAUAUCAUGUGGAAUGUUACUGACUCCAGAGUAAUCCUCAACUGGGAAGAAGUAAGAGCCAUGGAGAACGAGUCUGAGGUGACUGGGUAUAAGGUUUUUUAUAGGACAAGCAGUCAGACCAAUAUGAACGUGCUGAACACAGACAAGACAACAGCUGAAAUUCUGCUCCAGCUUAAUGACGAUUACAUUAUAGAAGUCAAAGCAACAACUGAUGGUGGAGAUGGCACUAGCAGCGAGCAGAUCCUGAUUCCCAGACUAGCAAGUAUGGAUGCAAGAGGUUCUGGUCCACCAGUCUUGAAUGCAUUCAGUCUAUCCGGCUUCUUACCAACAAUAUUUUACUUGACUCUUAAUUCAGUGUUGUGAUGAUGCAUUUUCAUUUGCUG